AUGCUGUCGGGUGAUGACUUGCAACGUCUGCUGGAAACUGGUGGAGACGUGACUGAGGAGGCGCCUGUAGUGGAGGCAGAGAAGGCUCCCGCGGAACCCGCGGUCGCUCCGCUCGCGGGGGAAGCGAGCGAAGAGACUGGCACCGUGCUGUGUGAUGGCGCUGUGCGGAUGCGGAGCUUGAAAAGGUCACCCGAGCGAGGAGGCCGCAUAGGGGACGGGUGCAGCAUUGGCUAUCGUACACAGGAGGGAGAUCCACUGGAAGAGGCGGAGCUGGGCAGCGAGCGGCUGCCCUGGGCCUUGGAGGUGGUGGCCAAACGAAUGCAAGUGGGAGAUGUGGCGGAAGUGGUGGCCACCGGCGAACACGCCCUGGCCGACGAGGAGACGGUGGCCGACGUCGAGGGCCUUGAACGGCGCUGGCGUUUCGAAGUGGCCACAGUGGCCGCUGGCACAUGCCUGGAUAAGUUCCGCUUGAGCGUGGACGAACGCAUUGCUGCCGCGGACCGGCUGCGCGAGCGUGGCAACCAAAUGCUGAAACAAGGACGCCUUUUGCGCGCGGGUGACUACUACGAGCGUGGCUCCAGCUUCAUGGAUGUCAUUGAAGCUGAAGACAUGGGAAUGCCAGGUGGAAAGAAGGAUGCCAAGGCGGUGGCCAACAACCGGCGCAUUCGCGAGUGUCAAAAGCCAAUCCUUUUGAACUGGGCGCUGGUGCUCAUGCGCAGGAAGCGCUGGUCCGAAGCGGAACGCAAGUGUGCGGAGGUGAUCUUGGACAUCGACAGCUCUUGCGUGAAGGCGCUCUUCCGCCGGGGCCAGUGCCAAAUUCAGUUGGGCAGCUUGGAGGAUGCCAAGAAGGACUUGCAGAAAGCGCGGGACCUGGAUGCCUCCAUUGCUGAUGAUGUGGAGAAAGAACUCGUGAAGCUGAAACGGCAACAGAAGGCGCUGGAUCAGCAGGACCGCGGCUGGGCCCAGAAGGCGCUGAAGAAAGGCCUGGCUGACGAACGGUCGAAGCCCAAACAGCCUACAGCUCAGGACGAGGAUGACAUCGACUGCAAAGUCAAGGACCGUGGGCCACCCGAGCUCAGAUGUGGUGUUGACCAGUUCAGACUGCCCAGGACGAUGAGCUUCGAUGCCGGGCUCAGCCUCCCCCAGGUCUAG